CUUCCGAUCUCGAUUACCCCGGUCUCCGUAUCGGGAAUCCAAUUCGGUUCCAUCCAACGCCUGAGAUCGGAUUCCAACCCCCAUUUCGGACCGAUCGCUUUCCGCAGACCGAUCGGCUUUGGGGGAUUUUUUUUCCCGAGCGAUUUUUCUGGAGGCUCAGAUCGGGUCGGUCUGAGUUUAGUUGAUCGCGGAGCGAUGCUAAUCGAGGAGCUUCCGGGCGAUCCGGGUGGAGGACGAGGUGAGGGCGGGGAGGAUGAGCUGCUGCUGCCGCGUCGCGAGGAUGGCGACGCCGCGGAGGGCGAGAGUGGAGUGGUGAUGCGGGUGGCCGUCGACGCGAAGCGCGCAGCGGUGGGUGUAAGCGCUCGGAUGCUUUUCUACCCGACGCUGGUGUACAACGUCGUGAGGAAUCGGUUCGAGAAGCACUUCCACUGGUGGGAUCAGAUCGACGAGCAUGUCCUGCUCGGUGCUGUUCCAUUCCCUAGCGACGUUCUCCGGCUAAAGACGCUUGGAGUUUGUGGUGUGGUGACACUUAAUGAAUCAUACGAGAGGCUUGUUCCCACAUCCCUGUACGAGGCUCAUGGAAUUGAAAAUCUGGUGCUACCAACAAGGGAUUACCUUUAUGCGCCUUCAUUUGUUAACCUUUGUGAAGCUGCUGACUUUAUCCACAGAAACGCUUCAUGUGGGAAAUUGACGUAUGUGCACUGCAAAGCUGGACGAGGGCGUAGCACUACAGUUGUCAUUUGCUAUUUGGUGCAAUAUAAAAAUAUGACUCCUGCUGAAGCUUAUGAACAUGUCCGCUUGCGUCGGCCUAGGGUAUUACUAGCUUCUGCACAGUGGCAAGCUGUGCAAGAGUUCUACCAACUAACAGUGAAGAAAACGGGGAGGUCUACUUGGCUGGACAAUCCUUUAAUCAAACCACCUUUGUUCCUUGCCACUCGCAAACUUGUUGCCUUUGAUGAUAGCGCAUUUGUGAUGGUCUCAGAAUCAGACCUCGAAGGGUAUAAUGCAGAUGCACUGGCACUUAAUAUGGGCAGUAGAUUGUGGGAGAUAAGCUUGAUAUACCGUGUCCAGUUUGCGAGCAAGACAGCAUUUGCUGGGUUUUCGUAUCUGUGGCUUCGAUGUCGUGCCUGCAAGGAGGCUCUACCUGAGAAUCUGGGGAGAGAUAGCUGUUCUCUUGAGGUUGACCAGCUAACAACUGGUCAUCCAUGUCUACUGCAAGGUGUCGUGGUUAAUCCAUGACUGCUGAGUCUGUGUUUUUGCCUUGCGCUUGUACAUAUUAAAGAGCCUCAAUGUGAAUCUGUAACGUGGGUCUGCAGCAACCAAAGAGUGAAGUUGCUCGGGUUUGUAUAUAUGACAUGUAAUAAGUUGACUGCUACGUGUACGAUGUUCAAUGUUAAAACACAACUCUUUCUGAUCAAAUGUCAGCUCCAGCACUCUUGUCUU